CGCGACACAGUGGACGCACAUUGCAACAAUGCAAUGGAGGAUAUAGAAGGGAUAGUAUUCUUGAUUCUUGGUAUGUGGCUGUUUAUCACAGCAAGGAGACAAAUGUUGUUUCAACAAAGGAUUAAGGCAGAAAGACACAAGACCGAUGAAAAACAUAGGAGAGUGUGGAAAAUCAUUAAUCAGACUCGAAGCAUAGGAAGGAGACGCAUGAUCAGGAUCUUUCAGUGUUUGCAAAGUCGCCGCCGCAGACCAUCUGUUUGGGCGUUCAACCGAGCUACCGAGUGGUGGGAUGUGAUUGUUCCCGGCUUCACCAACACUCAGUGGGUGCAGAACUUCCGAAUGUCCGAAGAGACAUUUAUCUACCUGUGCAACAAACUGCGUCCAGUGAUGGAGAAACAAAACACAAACUUCCGCAGGUGUGUACCUCUAAAGAAGAGAUUGGCCAUCGCACUAUGGAAGCUUGCGACCGGUUCCGAGUACAGAAGUGUUGGACAUCUUUUCGGAGUAAGCAUAACAACUGUGUGCCGGUGUGUGCAAGAGUUCAGUGUUGCUGCAGAGGCAUUGUUGGUACCGGAACAAAUUAGUUUCCCAGACCAGGAGAAGUUCAAAGAAAUGGCUGCCUACACUGAGAACAGGUGGGGGCUCCCGCAAUGUAUUGGUGCAAUUGAUGGAUCACACAUACCCAUCUUGGCACCACAGGAGGACCACUGCGACUAUUUCAACCAUAAAGGCUGGCACUCCAUCAUCCUUCAAGGUGUUGUAGAUGGAAAGGGACUUUUCUGGAACGUGUUUGCAGGACUGCCUGGGAGCUUGCGUGAUGCUCAGGUUUUGAGACUGUCCACACUGUGGGAGUUGGCCAGCCGUGGUAACCACUUUCCAGCUUACACCAGGAACAUUGGUGGGGUGAACGUUGGCUACUACAUUCUAGGACACUCUGCCUAUCCCUUACAGAAUUGGCUCGUAAAACCAUUUCCUGACACUUGUCAGCUGACUGCAGAACAGAAGAUCUACAACAAGAAAAUCUGCAGCGCACGGGUAGUGGUUGAAAAUGCUUUUGGUAGACUAAAGGGAAGGUGGCGUUGCCUCAUGAAAAGAAAUGACUGUGAUGUCAAACUGGUGAAAUCUAUGGCUUUGACUUGCUGUGCUCUGCAUAACCUCUGCGAGAGUCAUGGAGAAGCAUAUGACAAUGAGUGGGAUGCACCUGCACCAGCAGAACCUGUGGUGGCACUGUCACUGAGUGUGGAGGAGGAGGGUAGGGAUAUACGAGAGGGUCUGAUGCACUACUUGAAUAGCUAAAUAUGUAUUUUGACUUUAGUGUCCUGUGUAUUGAACACGUAUUGUAAAUUGUAUGAAACUUGAAUAUACUUUUGUACUCUUUCCACGUAUAAAUGUUACCCUUUUGUUUUUGUCCAACAUUAUUGUAUGCAAGAACAUUAGGCCUAUUGGCUUUUAAAUGGCCUACUAUUUCUUACAUUUAUUUUAUGUAAAAAGUUUAUAAGAAACACACUUUUAUUUAAACAAGGUGGCAUUCUGCAUGUUUGCCUCAUAGACCUACUCUUCUUUAAACUGUAUUUCCAGAUGCUCUUGGUGUUAAAGAAAAUAUUUUGACUGUCGGUCCGGGUAUAUUGUGGCAGAUCGUCUGCCAAGAUAUACCAAUGUGCGUCACAUUUAGCAAUUGGCUAAGCAAAUAAUUGAGCAUGGCGCAUAUGCCAUUACAGGCUUGGCAAUUCGCAAAACACACCUGGUUUUGUCGUUCCCCAAAAUUGGCAAAGGAGAGAAAAAUCAAAUGACUGUCCCCGUAAUUACGCCACUCAGUCAGAGCAGAAGAAGUGGAACGUAACAUUCUGUGUCUGAAAAAACGGAUUUGUUUGAGGCGGGAGUGCGGCUCAGUCAAACUCGGAAAACCGGUUGGAAACAAUUAACCUACACAGUAUCGAACCGACACACAUCACCUGAGAGAGAGAGGUAGAGGAAAAACUAAAAGAACAGGACACCACAUAACUGGGGGAGGUAUCGCCAACAUUCACAGCAAUGUUGGCUUGUGCACGUUCGUUCGCCGCUAUGGCCACAAGAUGGGGCUAUACACAGAUUGGUUGGGUCAGUGCCAUUCAUCUGUCGACACUUGUGUUACUCCGCUUACUUACUACGCUUUCAAGAUAACCUCUGCUAGUUGCAUUUCAUAUCAGAUUUUUCGUAAAGGGAUUUUGUCAGAUGAUUAAAUGCUAUUUUGAUCUGUUUGAAAUUUGUUUUCAAACCGUAAACCAGAAGUGUAUGGCAUACCUUCAGGAUAAGAUCUUCAAACCACACUCAAUAGGCAGCCUUCUAUAGACACAGCAAUGCAAUGGUUACUAAAGGAGAGGCAGGAAACCACAUGUUUCACAUGAGUCAGAGUUGUGUUUCCCCCUUUCUUUACCUGACAGUUUCAGAAACACCUCCACAGUUUGUGUCAGUCUUCUUACUUGCCACACUCCAACACUCCCUAAAGGCACAGCCCACAAAAUAAUCCUGUGAUAGUAAGAUUCCAAACAGGAAGUUAUUACCUCAUCCAUAGACCAAUACUGCUCAAUAUCGGCUUUUCGUGUAAACCAGUGUACACAAAUGGUAUUUCUAAAUGU